UAUUUCCGUGCGUGUCAUGUGACUCCCCGGCUGGCACCAUGGCGGAAGCAGAAGAUCAGGAAACUGGAUCUCUAGAAGAAUCCACAGAUGAUUCUGAGGAGGAAGAGAGUGAAGAGGAACCCAAACUGAAGUAUGAAAGGCUUUCCAAUGGAGUAACUGAAAUCCUUCAGAAAGAUGCAGCAAGUUGCAUGACAGUUCAUGACAAGUUUUUGGCACUGGGCACACAUUAUGGCAAGGUUUAUUUACUUGAUGUCCAGGGGAACAUCACCCAGAAGUUUGAUGUGAGUCCUGUGAAGAUAAACCAGAUUAGCCUGGAUGAAAGUGGAGAACACAUGGGUGUGUGUUCAGAGGAUGGCAAGGUGCAAGUGUUUGGGCUGUACUCUGGAGAAGAAUUUCAUGAGACUUUCGACUGUCCCAUUAAAAUCGUCGCUGUGCACCCUCAUUUUGUGAGAUCCAGCUGCAAGCAGUUUGUGACUGGAGGGAAGAAGUUGCUGCUAUUUGAACGGUCUUGGAUGAGCCGAUGGAAGUCUUCUGUUCUGCAUGAAGGGGAAGGGAACAUUCGGAGUGUGAAGUGGAGAGGCCAUCUGAUUGCUUGGGCCAAUAACAUGGGUGUGAAGAUUUUUGACAUCACCUCAAAGCAAAGAAUCACCAACGUGCCCCGAGAUGAUAUAAGUCUUCGCCCAGAUAUGUAUCCCUGCAGCCUCUGCUGGAAGGACAGUGUGACACUGAUUAUUGGCUGGGGGACUUCUGUCAAGAUUUGCUCGGUGAAGGAACGGCAUGCCAGUGAGAUGAGGGACUUGCCAAGUCGCUACGUUGAAAUAGUGUCUCAGUUUGAAACUGAAUUCUACAUCAGUGGACUUGCACCACUCUGUGAUCAACUCGUGGUACUCUCCUACGUAAAGGAAGUUUCUGAAAAAACGGAAAGAGAAUACUGUGCCAGACCUAGACUGGAUAUAAUCCAGCCACUUCCUGAGACUUGUGAAGAGAUCUCUUCUGAUGCCCUGACAGUUAGAGGCUUUCAGGAAAAUGAGUGUAGAGACUAUCACUUAGAGUACUCUGAAGGGGAAUCACUCUUUUACAUCGUCAGUCCAAGAGAUGUCGUAGUAGCUAAGGAACGAGACCAAGAUGACCACAUAGACUGGCUCCUUGAAAAGAAGAAAUAUGAAGAAGCUUUGAUGGCAGCUGAAAUUAGCCAGAAGAACAUUAAAAGACAUAAAAUUCUGGAUAUUGGCUUGGCAUAUAUAAACCACCUAGUGGAUAAAGGAGACUAUGACAUAGCAGCACGCAAGUGUCAGAAAAUUCUUGGGAAAAAUGCAGCACUCUGGGAAUAUGAAGUUUAUAAAUUUAAAGAAAUUGGACAGCUUAAGGCUAUUAGUCCUUAUUUGCCAAGAGGGGAUCCAGUUCUGAAACCACUCAUCUAUGAAAUGAUCUUACAUGAAUUUUUGGAAAGUGAUUAUGAGGGCUUUGCCACACUCAUUCGAGAAUGGCCUGGAGAUCUGUACAACAAUUCAGUAAUUGUUCAGGCAGUUCGUGAUCACCUGAAAAAAGAUAGUCAGAAUAGGACCUUACUAAAAACCUUGGCGGAAUUAUAUACCUAUGAUAAAAACUAUGGCAAUGCUCUGGAAAUAUAUUUAACAUUAAGACAUAAGGAUGUUUUCCAGUUGAUCCACAAGCAUAAUCUUUUCAGUUCUAUCAAGGAUAAAAUUGUUUUAUUAAUGGAUUUUGAUUCUGAGAAAGCUGUUGACAUGCUUUUGGACAAUGAAGAUAAAAUUUCAAUUAAAAAGGUAGUGGAAGAAUUAGAAAACAGACCAGAGUUGCAGCAUGUGGCUCUUGAGAUCUGUCAGCAGAGAAACUUUGUAGAAGAGACAGUUUAUCUUUUGAGCCGAAUGGGUAAUAGCCGAAGCGCCCUGAAGAUGAUCAUGGAGGAAUUACAUGAUGUUGAUAAAGCAAUUGAAUUUGCCAAGGAGCAAGAUGAUGGAGAACUCUGGGAAGAUCUAAUUUUAUAUUCUAUUGACAAACCACCAUUCAUUACUGGCCUGUUAAACAACAUUGGCACGCAUGUUGACCCGAUUCUACUUAUUCAUCGCAUUAAAGAAGGAAUGGAGAUUCCUAAUUUGAGAGAUUCCUUGGUUAAAAUUCUGCAAGACUACAAUUUACAGAUUCUGCUUCGUGAAGGCUGCAAGAAAAUUCUCGUAGCAGACUCUCUGUCCUUACUGAAGAAAAUGCAUCGAACCCAAAUGAAAGGCGUUCUGGUAGAUGAUGAGAACAUCUGUGAAUCCUGUCUUUCCCCUAUUCUUCCAUCAGAUGCUGCCAAGCCCUUCAGCAUGGUGGUCUUCCAUUGCCGCCACAUGUUCCACAAGGAGUGCUUGCCUGUGCCCAGCAUGAGCUCUCCUGCACAGUUCUGCAACAUCUGCAGUGCUAAGCACCGUGGACCAGGAAGUGCCAUUUUGGAGAUGAAAAAAUAGCUCAGUGCUGUUCACCAGUCUUUUCCUCGCCACUCUUUUGAAGACAGUUUUUGCAACAACAGAAGCGUUUGUUGACAUCAGUGCUGUAAAGAGAUUUGUACAAGUUCCUAAUAUGCCUCCCAAAAUUUUCUUCAUCUUCAUCUGUCUACUCGAGUUUCUUUGCUGUUGGUAAAGAAAUGAAGGUUUUCCCCAUCCAUGCCUGGACAUAUAUGGGUUCAUGGAUUUGUUCGCCUCCUCUUUAUUCAGGAAUGCAAACACAGAAAUGAGGGUUGGAAAUGAAUUUUUGAAUCCUGGGGGAAAUGUUCAGCUGUGAAGUGGAUAAGGGAGAGUGAUCCCAGCUGUCCAGGAGCAUCACCGACUCAGCCGUCCAGCUGACGCCUACACAAUUUGAACCUUGUUUCCAUAUGCUCUGCUGGCAGGAUUCCUACAUUUUGGGUUUGCUUUUCUUUUAUAUGUCCUCAGUUGUGGUUAUCUUCUUACUAGGCAUUUAAUAAAACAUUGCAUAAAUUGUCACUCAUCCAUGACAUCUAGGGAUGACAUUGGCAAGCUGAUCUCAUAAAGCUUUAUGUUAACUAAUCACAUGUUCCGUGUGUCCUGAAAAUUAGCAGUGUCUGGCACUGGAAGGCGUUGAGCAUUUGUUCACUGAAUAAAUACUAGCUCUUCACA